UCUCAUUUUUUUCAUUCAAAAAAAUGGCGACCGAAGGAGAACUUCGAUGCUACAACAAAGGUUGUGGGAAAUUUUAUGAUGAGGAAGACAAUCACGAUGGCGCAUGUUGCUUCCAUCCUGGACAAGCAAUUUUUCACGACGCGUUGAAGGGCUGGUCAUGCUGCAAACGGCGAACAACAGACUUCACUGACUUCUUGCACAUUCCAGGCUGCACAACAGAACGCCACAGUAACAUCAGGCCUCCAGAGCCGGAAAAAAAAGAAGAUGAGCCAGUGCCUGAUGUGCCGAUUGUAGUGCCGGAGCCUGAGCCUAUCCGUGCUCCUCUGAAACCAAAAGAUAUAGCAGGCCGUCCAAGUGAUGAUGCACCUCGCCAGAAGCUGCUCUCCGUCGUCUCACCAGGCCUGACGGCUGAACUCGCCAAACUGCCCGCUGUCAGUCGACCAACUGCCCCUGUUCAGUCUAGUGGUGGUGCAAGUAGCUGUACUGAGAACACAGUGAUAGAGAUUGGUGUGAAAUGCAAACAUCAUGCGUGUGGCAAGACCUACCAAGGCAUUGAAUCCUUGUCAGAGCUCUGUCGCUAUCACCCAGGAGAGGCCAUAUUUCAUGAGGGGCUCAAGUUCUGGACAUGCUGUACAAGAAGAACUAGCGACUUUGAGCAGUUCAUGAAACAAGAAGGCUGCAAGACAGGUGACCAUGACUGGCCUCGUCCACGGGAUGAGAACUGUGUGGAGGAGGUCAAAUGUCGGUAUGACUGGCAUCAGGUGGGCAAUACGGUGGUGAUCAGUAUCUACUCUAAGUUACCAGUACCCGAUCACUGCACCGUGGAGGCCAAUGAAACUGUUCUUUUCGCCGACAUUCUUUUCGGCGGCGGCAAAAGCCAAUUCAGCCUGACUGUGCCCCUCUUUGAUGUCAUCAAGCCUGAUUCGAGCAAGGUCACGUUCCUAGGCACGAAAGUCGAAGUCAAGCUUUUCAAGGCUGAGCCUGGCUCUUGGAAGACACUGCACCUGCCGGCGCCGAAGCCGGCGGAGCCUGAAAAGAAGUCCACCGAUUCUGACAGCAGUGAUGAGGACGACGAUUAACUUGAAUUGCUGUGCUGUUUGGCCUACUUGUGUUCGCUGCGCGUUCUGCUGUCGCUGUGCUGCUGUUACUGCUGCUGCUGCUUUUAAUUAAUUAUUUUUUCCGCUUGCUGCUUGGCAGAUCUCGUUGAUCUAAUUAUUUAUUUUUUUCUUUUCUACUUUUGCUCCCUGUGCUUUCUAAGUUUCGAAUGGAGCGGAGUAUAUUUCACGGUUACUUCCUCUAUCAAAGUCAUUUGCGUUAUUUUUCUUGCUCCCGAUUUAUCAACCUCUCUACAUGUAUAUGUUCACUCCGCCUUAGUUUUUCUGCGGGGUCAUGGCUGCUGCUGGCCCGUUGGGGUCUCUCUCCUUGCUUUCGCUCGCUCCCAGCUAUAAAAUUGUGUGCGGCCUGAAUGAAUUUGCCUUGCUCCUUGA